CACCACCACCGCACGAACGUCAUCCUUCAGCCGUGCCCGACAUCAAACCUGGGAUUCAUCCAAACACUCAACAAAGCACAAGCUAUCUUGCACACCAUGGCGUUUCUCCGCCAAAUUCUCACCGGCAGAUUUUCUCGCGGGGGACGGGAACGUGUAUCGGAGCAAGCAGCGGCGUCGCCGCGCCCUGCCUCUCCGGCUUCCCACGCCCUCGACACUCUGACAGCUCUCCCCAAACCUCGUCGUCCGAUAACACCCACAUCUCCGCACAUUCAGCUCCAGUCACCCUUCUUUAGGCUCCCUCCAGAGCUCAGACUUCAGAUCUAUCGCCUCGUUCUGUCCGGCCGCGAGAUCCACAUCGACAUGCGCUACACGGCCGUCGAGACGACCACGCCGCACUCGACCCGCGGCGCGUCCUUUGAGACCCGCCGCCGCUGGCGUUGGCGCGCCUCCAUCUGCCACCGCCACCCAGACGCACAGCCCAUCUCGGAUCGCUGUGGCUGGGGCGGGCCCCCGCCGACGGCGUGCCGCCUGUUCGGCACGCCGUGCGCCGUCGCCAGGGAGGUGUUGGGCCUGCUGCUCAGCUGCCGGCUGGCGUACCGCGAGGCCGUCGGCGUGCUGUACGGCGAGAACACGUUCCAUGUCGCCACGGGCGCGCUGCUGCUGUACACGGACCGGCUGCUGCCGCCCGAGCGGGCCGCUGCCGUCACGAGCCUGAUCGUCCAGGUCACUGAGGAGAGCGUCUACGACUAUGCCGCCGAGCAUCUUGGUAUUGAGCCUGGCCUGCGCGCGUACGAGGCGCUGCUGUUGAGGCUCCCGCGGGCCUUUCCGUCGCUCGCCAGGCUGCUGGUUGUCAUCCAAGGUUCGCUUGAGAGGGGCCGGGCUGGGAUGAACGGUUGGCUUUCUCCGCUCGACCGCGAUGCCAUGCGGGAUUGUCUGCUGUCGUCCAUGGAUGCCGCUGUUGGUGGGUUUCGAAAGCCCCUGGUCGAGGGUGUUCUGGCUAUGCGAUACACCGCCUUUGACCGCUUGAUGGAGGGGAAGAAGGAUGCGGCUAAGACGGAAUGUCGGGAAGGCGUCUGGUUACAGAUGUGGAGAGCGGUGACUGUGACUCGUAAGGAAGAAACCCUUGAUACCGGGUAUUGGAUUAGGAGGGUGUCUCCCGAGGAGACAAACGGCUUGAACCUCCAACUGAACUUCGAAUAUUCCGCAUGGACAGUACCGAGCUGGACGGACUAUGUCAGCUAAUGAGAAGAUAUGUUUUCUCUGUUAUCUCCCAGCUCAAUAUGCUCGACGCUGAGUCCCCUUCCGUACAUUGGACGCCUGGGCCCCUCCUAUCACUGAUCCAGUCAGCGCAACGACACAGCUUUUUAACCUCCC